UGGCUUCACUUUUCAGGGCUUGUGCAGCACUGCCAUGUAGUGCAGAGCUAAUUUGCAUUUUAAAAGACACACCCAAAAUGACACAAAAUGUUUUGGUCACACCUACAAAGUGACAAUUUUAACAUGUUAUAAUAAAUUAUAUAUAUGGUAUUUUGAGCUAAAACUUCACAUAUGUGCUCUGGGGACAUCAAAGAUUUAUUUGGCAUCUUAUAAAAUGUCCCCUUUAAACAUCAACGGAUAAAGGUGUUAAACCAUCCAGAUUUGUGUUCAUUCAUUUGUCAUGAAGAGGCUAUCGGGCCUACAGGCUCCUCCAGCGCUGCGGAGUGAGUUUAAAAUUAAUCUCUCUCUCCAUUGGCCAGUUGUUUUCAAAGCCUUUUUAGGGUUUGAACGUGCCAACAGGGGUCUCUACUGCACUGUGUAGAAGAGCCCAAAUAUAAGACAGACCACACCAAGGGACCAGACCGAUGUCUUUAUCACAGAUAACACCAACCCUCUUUCUCAGCGGGGCUGAUGCUCCAAUGAAUCAAGCACUUGUGAUCCGUAAAGGUAUUACGCUCAUUGUCAACGUUACCGUGUCCCACACCUACCCUUUCUACCCGGGUGUGGAGUGCAUACGCGUUGCUGUGUCCGAUCUCCCGAACGCCCGUCUACGUGAUCAUUUUGACACCGUAGCAGCUCGAAUCCACAACAACAGGGCUGGUGGAACCUUAGUGCACUGUGCAGCGGGCAUGAGUCGCUCACCCGCUCUGAUUAUGGCCUACCUCAUGAAGUACAAAGGAGUGACCCUGCGGCAGGCGCAUAACUGGGUUAAAGAGAGUCGACCCUACAUUCGCCUAAAUACGGGAUUCUGGGCCCAGCUUCUAGAAUAUGAGAAGAAACUCUAUGGUAAGAAUACCGUGAAGGUGGCCGAACCACUGGAUUCACUUCCACUGCCCAAAACACCAAAAUUACCUUCCAAGUAUAGCAUAAAACAAAGUCCUCCAUCUCCGAGGCUUGGCAGGCCUGGCCAGCUUAGAAGACACAACUUCAGUGCGCUUUUAAAAUGACUUUUUGUCAAUAAUGAACUGAAAAUGUUUACAUUGUCAUCACUUUGGUACAAGAAAGAGAGAAACUAGCAAGAACCAGACCUCAACAGGUCCAACUGUUUUUAUCACCAUUGUUUUUAUUUUACCAGGCUUUUUAUCCGUUUACUCCUGGUUCUAAUUUAAUACAAAAUGUUAUGCAUGUUUAUUCAAAAUUUGUUUUUCAUGUGGCUGGCUGGAAUUCCAGGUUAUAAUAAAAACUAUGUGAAAUCUAGUAUGUACACCUAGUAUUUAACCAACAGAGGACACUGUUGGGC